AUGAGCGCGGCUUUCCAGCCCUCGCUGAUGAUGAUGCAGCGCCCGCUGGGAAGCAGCACGGCCUUCAGCAUCGAUUCGCUCAUCGGUAGCCCCCCGCCGCCCGCCCCCGGCCACUUCGUCUACACCGGCUACCCCAUGUUCAUGCCGUACCGGCCCGUCGUGCUGCCCCCCCCGCCGCCCGCCCUGCCGCAGGCCGCCCUGCAGCCUCCGCUGCCCCCCGCGCCGCCCCCGCCGCUGCCCGCAUUGCCCGGAGCCUUCUGCCCUGGGCUGGCGCAGGGCAUGGCCCUCACCUCCACGCUGAUGGCCGCGCUGCCCGGCUCCUUCCCCGCCUCCCCGCCGCGCCCCGAGGCCGCCAGGAAGUUCGCCCCCCCGGGGAACUUCGACAAGGCCGAGGGAUUGCCCCCCCCGGACGGCGGCGGAGGAGACGACGGCAAAACUGGGGGGGGACUGCUGCCCUUCCCCGCUGCCGACGCCGUGCACGCAUCGCUGGCCGGGGCCCUCCGCGGCGGCCCCAAAGACGAUCCCAAAGCGGAGGAGGAAGCGAAGGGCCGCGAGGAGAACUUCUCCAUGGACAGCGACCUCGACUACAGCUCCGACGAGAACGGCCCCGCGCCGGCGGCCCCGCGGGAGGAGGACUGUGGUACCGCGUUGGAGGAAAACCCCCCCAGCGCCGCCAACGCCGCCGCCAACGCCGCGGCCACGGGGAAGAACCGACGGCGACGGACGGCGUUCACCAGCGAGCAGCUGUUGGAACUGGAGAAGGAGUUCCACUGCAAGAAGUACCUCUCGCUGACGGAGCGCUCGCAGAUCGCUCACGCCUUGAAGCUGAGCGAGGUGCAGGUGAAGAUCUGGUUCCAGAACCGGCGAGCCAAAUGGAAGCGGGUGAAAGCGGGCAACGCCAGCUCCAAGGCGGGGGAGCCCUCGCGGAACCCCAAAAUCGUGGUACCCAUCCCGGUGCACGUCAGCCGCUUCGCCAUCAGGAGUCAGCACCAGCAGCUGGAGCAGGCGCGGCCCUGAGCGCCGCUGGGGGGGCAAAAAGUUGACAAACGGGGUUUUCGCCGGACCCGCAAUGAAAAGCGAAACGAACGACGGAAGCCAACCCUCC